CCCCGCGGGCAGGCCGCCCCUCGCUGCGCCCCAGCCCAGGAGGAGACGCCAGGAGGCACCAUGCCCCAGAACGUGGUUCUCCCGGGCCCUGCGCCCUGGGGCUUCAGGCUCUCGGGGGGCAUAGACUUCAACCAGCCUUUGGUCAUCACCAGGAUUACUCCAGGAAGCAAGGCAGCUGCUGCCAACCUGUGUCCUGGAGAUGUCAUCCUGGCUAUUGAUGGCUUCGGUACAGAGUCCAUGACUCAUGCUGAUGCACAGGACAGGAUUAAAGCAGCGGCCCACCAGCUGUGUCUCAAAAUUGACAGGGCGGAAACUCGCCUAUGGUCUCCACAGGUAUCUGAAGACGGGAAGGCUCAUCCUUUCAAAAUCAACUUAGAAUCAGAACCACAGGAUGUGAACUACUUUGAACACAAGCACAAUAUUCGGCCCAAACCUUUCAUAAUCCCAGGCCGAAGCAGUGGAUGCAGUACUCCGUCCGGUAUUGACUGUAGCAGUGGACGUAGCACCCCUUCUUCUGUCAGUACUGUUAGUACCAUUUGCCCAGGGGACUUGAAAGUUGCUGCUAAGAUGGCCCCUAACAUUCCUUUGGAAAUGGAACUUCCCGGGGUGAAGAUUGUACAUGCCCAGUUUAAUACACCUAUGCAGUUGUACUCAGAUGACAAUAUUAUGGAAACACUUCAGGGUCAGGUUUCAACAGCUCUAGGGGAAGCACCCUCAAUGAGUGAACCCACAGCCUCGGUGCCCCCCCAGUCGGACGUGUACCGGAUGCUCCACGACAACCGGGACGAGCCUACUCAGCCUCGCCAGUCAGGCUCCUUCAGGGUGCUCCAGGAAUUAGUUAACGAUGAUGACCGUCCCUCUGGAACUCGGAGCGUGAGAGCUCCGGUUACGAAAGCCCACGGCGGCGCUGGCAGCGGGCAGAAGAUGCCGCUCUGUGACAAAUGCGGGAGUGGCAUUGUCGGGGCCGUGGUGAAGGCGCGGGAUAAGUACCGGCACCCCGAGUGCUUCGUGUGCGCUGACUGCAGCCUCAACCUCAAGCAAAAGGGCUACUUCUUCGUGGAGGGGGAGCUGUACUGCGAAACCCACGCCCGGGCCCGCACGAGGCCCCCGGAGGGCUACGACACAGUCACCCUCUACCCCAAAGCUUAAGGCUUGUGCAGCCCGGGCACGCACGCGCACUUACACAGGAAGACCCUAAGGACCCUGGGCAGAAGUGUAGCAAACUGCCGAGUCCAAAGCUAAAACCAAGGCCUGUAGAUGUUUAUCUUAUCGCGCACUGAGGCGAGGGCAUGGGAGGCGAGUGCCGCUGAGGCACAAACGUGCAUUCGUGUUUUGCAACUCUUUUUCUCUUUGGGGCUAGCAGUAAUUUGACGACAUUUAAACCAAUCAUUUUUUGUAUGUCCUACUCCACAAUUUCAGUUCCUAUUUUGACCGUCAAACAUGUAAACAUCACGCUGUUUGGGGGAGUCUAAUGGUCUUUCCUUAGCAAGUUGGUUUUGCAGUUGUCGUAAAUGCCAAAUGAUGCCCUUGUAUUCUAACACGCCCUGCAGUUGUCUGUUGCCUGCUUUAACGAUUAAAGUGCAUGUCAGGGAGAAAGUCCCUGGAUUUCUCUAGUUUCAUGCGCAACAAUCAUGCUGCUGGAUGCAACAUACGUAAGAAACACAAAAAACAUUUUUAAAAUACCUGAUGAAGCGGCGCUCAGUGAAUUCAGCUAAAAUCAACAUUCCAGUGAGAGGGCCCAGUCGUACAUACACUAACAACCCGGGUAUUUUAAGAAAACGUGGCUUCUUCCACUUUUAUUACUCAUUUAUUCUUUCUUAGGUGCCCACAGUUUCUGCUGAUAGGAGGGGGCACUUAAAUUUGCUAGUUAAAGGUCAUGCAGCCUCUUUCAGAUUAAAAUCAUUUCUUUUGCUGUGAAA